GGGCUUGUCGGCUGGCACGAAGGGAAAACCAAAUCAAACACCCAGACUUCGUGACAGCAGCUGCUGUGCACGCUGUAGACCAGAAACGUUCAUCUUUUAGCAGGUAUUUCUGGGAAAUAAGCAGCAGGCCUCGGUGCAUUAAAAGACUAGCCUGAUAUCCAGUGCGGUUAAUCGGUUAAUGCGAGCAGAAAGUAAGAAACCGUUUCAUGAUCGCAGCCUCUCUAAUUGAUAGGGGAGGCGUCAGAGCGCCGAGGAAAACAGUGAUUGACUAUUAGAUCUGCAGUGUCUUUUUGUCAGUCAAAUAUACAGUAGUAACUGAUGGCACAAGGAGGAAGCAGAUGCCCAUCCUCUCAAAAUGGACUUGUUCGAAUACAUGUGUUCUUUCCCACCGUGUCCCACCAGGCAACCAGCGCCAAGAGGCCAUCCCUGCAGGGUCCUGUGCCGCCUCCCCGGAAGAAGACAGCCCCCAAGCCGGAGCUGACGGAGGAGCAGAAGCAGGAGAUCAGGGAGGCCUUUGAGCUGUUUGACACCGACGGCUCUGGAUACAUCGAUGUGAAGGAGCUCAAGGUCGCAAUGAGAGCUCUGGGGUUUGAGCCAAAGAAAGAGGAGAUCAAGAAGAUGACCGGGGAGGUGGAUAAAGACGGCACGGGAAAGAUCUCCUUCGGCGACUUCCUGACUAUCAUGACACAGAAAAUGGCGGAGAAGGACUCCAGAGAGGAGAUCCUGAAAGCGUUCCGCUUGUUUGAUGACGAUGAAACGGGCAAGAUCUCAUUCAGGAAUCUCAAGAGAGUGGCCAAAGAGCUUGGAGAGAACCUGACGGACGAGGAGCUGCAGGAAAUGAUAGACGAAGCCGACAGGGAUGGAGAUGGAGAAGUGAACCAGCAGGAGUUCCUGCGCAUCAUGAAGAAAACCUGCCUGUACUGAAGGAAGCGCGUGACGCGUGACGGAGCUGGCGACGCAGCGCUCGAGGAGACCGGUGGCGGUUUAUAUGUAAUGCUGCACAAACCCCCCCCCCCUUAUUAUUGUGUUGUGGAUGCACGAUUAUUUUAAAAACCAGUCAGCCAAUCAGAACUCUUUACCGUCUCUGGGAUAACAUAAUAUUAUCAACAACACCUAUGUCAGAGUACAAUGAUGUUUUAGUUUUGCUGAAUUUUACGACAAAUAUUCAGAUUUAUUAUGUGCUUCACCUGGAAGUGAUGCCAGCGUUGUCUAAAAAAAAGCUCAGUCUGUCACCUCACAUCGGUCAAUUUUAUUGCUGCGUAAUGGGAUUGUCAAGCAGACAGACCGACCAGCGGCGUCAUGAGACCCGGUCAUAAACAGAUGAUCUGCAUUCGCCAAACAAACACGAACAGCUUUUAUUGCAACAUAAUCGUUACUGUACUUAACUCAACAUCACCAUCUAGUGGACUUAAAAAGAAACAGAUUUUAUUUAUUCCAGCGCCAAACAGCGAAAUCCAUAUUUGCAAGUUUAUAUCAUAAAAGACCAACACUUGGUCUGAUGAAAAGCCAAAUUAUCACCAUAAACUUUAUCAGUCACAACAGUAAAGGCGUCGAACAUGCUCCUGUUUUGAAUCGCUGCAUACCUGAACGAUGUGUAUUAAUGGUAUUGAUGAAAAGCCUGCGUAUGGUUGAGGGAUAUUCAGAUCCAGCCUCAAUACAGUGACAAACACAGUACAUUCCAAAGCUUUGUUUGAUAGAGUUUGUGCGUUAUGUCGGAUCCAGUCGGCGUUAAAAAAGUGGUGAGGGCAGUGUUUCAGGUUUUUUGGCUCCUCUGUGCUGUUUUUUUUUUUUUUUUAACGAGAAGCCGCUUGUACGAGGAGCGUCGUCUCACCUCCGUGCUGCCUCUAGAUUUGUGCCUGUGCCUCCUAAAGGGGCAAUCAUCACAGCUCGAAGCUGCCCGACCUCCCUCAGCUGCACAUCCCCCACAGCUCGUGCCAUGUUUGAAUUAUGAUCGUCGACGUUCUUUUCCGGUUACAUUAGUAUUUAUCCUUCCUUUUGUGCAAACUUUCUCUUCUGUAUUCUUGAAUGUUUUGUAUAACAUAUUAUAUAUAUAUAUAUAAAUAUAUAUACGAAUAUAUAUAGUAAAUUGUAGUGUUCAAGGUACAAAUUAAAUAGACUGAAGCAGA